AUGUCACAUCAUUUUGACGCUGAAAAGGCUCGAGCAGAUGCAGUAGUCCCCGCUGCCGAUAGAAGGAGAGCAGCUCUUGCUGAGAUCGAUGAGGCUAGUUUCUCAUGGUUUCACGCUAAAGCUUGUAUCGUUGCUGGUGUCGGUUUCUUCACCGAUGCAUACGAUAUUUUCUCUAUCUCCAUUGCUGCUACCAUGAUUGGUUACGUAUAUCAUGCCGGUGGUGCCAAUACCACCAAUCAAGAUCUCGGUAUCAAGGUUUCCCACUCUAUCGGUACUUUUUGCGGACAGUUGUUAUUUGGUUACUUGGCUGAUCAUCUCGGUCGAAAGAAAAUGUACGGUAUUGAAUUGAUGAUCAUCAUUGUUGGUACUCUCGGUCAAGCAGUUGCUGGACACGCUCCCGGUAUCAGUAUCUACGGUGUGAUGAUCAUGUGGCGCUUCAUCAUGGGAAUGGGUAUCGGAGGUGACUAUCCUUUGUCAGCUGUCAUCACCAGUGAAUUCGCCGCCAGAAGAAUCAGAGGUCGAAUGAUGACAGCCGUAUUCGCUUGUCAAGGUUGGGGUAACUUCGCCUCUGCUAUUGUAUCAAUCAUUUGUAUCUCAGCAUUCAAGAAAGAAAUUCACGCUCAACCUUUGACCAAUAUGGCCGCCGUUGAUCGAGUAUGGCGAUUAAUCAUUGGUAUCGGAUGUGUACCCGCUGUCAUCGCCUUGUAUUUCCGACUCACUAUUCCUGAAACUCCUCGAUACACAAUGGAUAUUGAACGAAACAUCAAACAAGCUUCUCAAGAUGUUGAUACCUACCUUACAUCUGGUACAUACGUUAAUGAUCCCAUCCAUAACAACGAAAGGGCGGAAUUACCUGUUGCAUCAUGGAAAGAUUUCACUCGACAUUUCGGUCAAUGGAAGAAUGGUAAAAUCCUCUUGGGUACAGCUUGGUCUUGGUUCGCUUUAGAUAUCGCUUUUUACGGUCUUGGUCUCAAUUCAACUACCAUCCUUACAACAAUCGGUUUCGGUGCUUCAACGGCUCUCGCAACUAAACAAGAAAAUAUAUUCCAAACUCUGUUCAACGCCGCUGUCGGUAAUGUUAUCUUGGCAGUCGGUGGUUUGAUCCCAGGUUAUUACCUUACUUUCCUUUUCAUCGAUUCUUGGGGAAGAAAACCUAUUCAACUUAUGGGUUUCUCUGUCCUUACCGUCAUCUUUGUCAUUAUGGGUUUCGGAUACGAUAAGAUCUUAUCUACCGGUUCAGGAAAGAAAGCAUUCGUCUUCUUAUACUGCAUGGCCAACUUGUUCCAAAACUUUGGACCCAACACUACGACUUUUGUUAUUCCAGGAGAGGCUUUCCCUACGAGAUACAGAUCUACUGCACACGGUAUCUCCGCUGCAUCAGGUAAACUCGGUGCUAUCGUUGCUCAAGUCGGUUUCUCUCGAUUAAUAAACAUCGGUGGUAAAAAUAAAUUCCUAAAACAUAUUUUGGAAAUAUUCGCUCUGUUCAUGUUGACUGGUAUUUUCUCGACUUUGUUACUUCCUGAAACCAAAGGUAAAACUCUUGAAGAUUUAUCUCAAGAAUCUCAAGAUAACUUCGUACAUGACUCGAAUGUUCAUCCUACUAUGAACAAAACAGCAGGUUCUGCUUCUUCACAAGAUGAUCAAAUACAUCCUACAGCUUAA